AUUUAUUGUUGUCAAUUUUGACGUCUCGUAAAUCGAUUUUAAUUUAGAAAAAAAAAUGAUCAAACCGCGUUUACUACUGUAAUUUAAUAUUUUUUGCCAAAGAGUUAGUUAUUAAAAUUUCCAAAGAUGAACCUGAUAGCAGCUGUAAAGGCAUAUGUUACCAAAAUGACUGAAGAAAGCGAGCCCGGCAUGAAAAUCUUGUUAAUGGAUAAAGAAACAACCAGUGUAAUCAGUAUGGUUUACGGGCAGUCAGAAAUUCAACAAAAGGAGGUUUUUCUGCUCGAAAGAUUAGAUUCACCAAACCAGAGCAAUUCUUUGGGGCUGCGUUACCUAAAAUGUUUAGUUUUUCUACGCCCCACUCAAGAAAAUAUUGGACUACUAUGUAACGAAUUGCGUUAUCCCAAAUACGGCGCUUAUUACAUCUACUUUAGCAACAUUGUGGCCAAAGCUGACAUCAAGAUUUUAGCUGAACAUGAUGAACAAGAAGUUGUUAAAGAAGUGCAGGAGUUGUACAUGGAUUACCUAGCUGUGAACCCCCAUCUGUUUUCAAUCGGUUUGCCAACUUGCAUGAAUAGUCUAUCUUGGAACCCAACAGCUUUACAAAGGACAGUUCAAGGAAUUGUUGCUGUUCUCUUAUCGUUAAAGAAGAGUCCAGCAAUUAGAUACCAAGCUAAUUCAAAACUGUGCAAAGAUCUUGGAACACGAAUUGAUGAAGUUAUGAGUAAAGAAUCGUCAUUGUUUGCUUUUGGCCAAAACAGUCAACCUUUAUUGCUUAUUUUGGACCGAAGAGAUGACCCAAUGACGCCUCUGCUAAACCAGUGGACAUAUCAAGCAAUGGUGCAUGAACUUUUAACAAUAAAUAAUAAUCGCGUCAACCUAUCAGGAAUCCCGGGAGUUGGUAAAGAAUUAUCUGAAGUGGUUUUAUCAGCAGAGCAAGACUCAUUUUACGCUAAGAAUAUUUUUCUGAAUUACGGCGAAAUUGGACAGAACAUCAAACAAUUAAUGGAUCAAUUCCAAGCCAAAGCUAAAAGUCACCAAAAAAUUGAAAGUAUUGCAGAUAUGAAAAAUUUUGUUGAAGCAUAUCCUCAAUUUAAAAAGCUCUCAGGAAACGUUACGAAACAUGUGACAGUCGUUGGAGAAUUAAGUUCCAUGGUCAAUAAAUACCAGCUACUCGAUGUGUCUGAAAUUGAACAAGAGAUUUCAUCACACAAUGACCAUUCAUCACAUUUGCAAAGUAUCAAAAAGCUAAUAAACAAUGAUAAAGUUAGAAAUACAGAUAUUGCAAAACUAGUAAUGCUUUAUGCUUUACGCUAUCAAAAUCACAGCAAUAACGAUGUGGUUGGACUUAUUGAACUACUAAAGAAGAGAGGAGUUCCAGAUCGUCUUAUUAAAAAUAUUGUUAAUAUAUUGGAAUACGCAGGUUCGCAUGCUAGACAGAGUGACUUUCUCAAUGUGGAAAACGCUCUUCAGAGUACAAAGCGUUUCUUUAAGGGAUUAAGUGGAGUUGAUAAUGUCUACACACAACAUAAGCCUUUAAUCCAUGAAACUUUAGAAGAACUUGUUAGGGGAAGAUUGAAAGAUAGCCUUUAUCCUUAUGUUGGAAAUCAUUUUCUCAGUGGGAGACCUCAAGACAUAAUUAUUUUUAUUGUCGGAGGCACAACUUACGAGGAGUCUUUGACUGUACAUUCCUUCAAUAAGAGCAACCCGAGCUUUAACAUUGCUCUUGGGGGCACUACAAUACACAAUUCAACCAGCUUUUUAGCUGAAGUUGAACAAGCAACCAGAAAUCUACCCAGAAAACAUACCAGAAAUAUCCGUAAUGUUAGAUUUGACUAAUAUGUAAUAAUUGCUUUGCACAUUAAGAAAAGUGUAUAUUUUAUUUAUUUAUGUUAUGUAAAAAUUGAUUAUCUAUUAAACGAUAAAGUCUUUUGUC